CCAAAGCAGAUGUUAGAACCCACCGCUCUUCGCCUGUGGGUGGCAGUAAUGCAGCACUAAGUUGUUUGUCAACCACAAGAAGACGAAGAAGAAAAUUCACACAGGAAGCGCUGCGGUCUGUUGCUAAUGACGUUGUUAGCUGCGGUGUCGGAGCCCCGGGCAGCGAACCCAACCUGUCCGGAAUGAGAGGGAUGCGUCCCGGGAGACUGCCUGAACUCGGCCCAGCCGGAGGGCUCUGAGCCGGGGAACCUAACCGAGCCCGUCCGGCCAGAGAGCUUCGGUCUUUUGGGAGAAUCUACAUCCAUCAUGGCUUCAGGACUACGGAGGGCAGGAAGGCUGACCGCCGUGAUGGCGACCAGAACCGGGGCAGGUAACGGCAGUGUUGCGCUGAGCUCCGCGGGAUCCGAACCGACCGCUAGACGGGACACGGACGGCGAACCUUUCGAGGACCUGGAGUUCAGCACCGAGGUGGUUUACAGCGGCUCGGAUCAGGACUCGGAGUCCGGGGACGAUGAGGACGCCGUGGGUUCCGGCGGGGGUCGGAGGGGCGUGAAGCGGGAGCGGAGCGAGGACGGUCAAUCUGGCCGGUCCUCCGGGGGCCCGAACCGGGCUUACAGCGACGGAAACCCCGCGCUGUCUGGAGCCAAACCCGGGAAGAAGACCCGAGGCCGGGUCAAGAUCAAGAUGGAGUUCAUCGACAACAAGCUGCGGCGGUACACGACGUUCAGCAAGAGGAAGACCGGCAUCAUGAAGAAGGCCUAUGAACUGUCCACCCUGACUGGGACCCAGGUUCUGCUGCUGGUGGCCAGUGAGACGGGUCACGUUUACACGUUCGCCACCAGGAAGCUGCAGCCCAUGAUCACCUCGGAGUCCGGCAAGGCGCUGAUCCAGACCUGCCUCAACUCGCCCGACUCGCCGCCGCGCGCCGACCCGUCCGGCAACCAGCGCAUGAGCGCCACCGGCUUCGAGGAGACCGACCUGACCUACCAGGUGGCCGAGGCGGACGCCACCGCCGAGGGCGCCAAGGAUCCGGUGAAGCCGGCCUUCGCCCCACCUUCCUCCUCUUCCUCCGGCCCCCUGCAGAGCGGCGCCCCCUCCUGGCAGCCUCCGGCCUCCUCCAGCAACGGCGCGGUGCUGAAGGCUCCUGCAGGUGUGGUUCUCCCUGGAGGACUCACCUUGAUGUCAGGUGCCCCGCUGCCCCCCGGCUCCCACACCAUCCCCCUCAGCCAGCUGCAGGGCCCCGCCCCCUCCGCCACGCUUCAGGCUCCGCCCACUCAGCCGGCCACGCUGCUCCGCCUCCCCGCUACCGUUUCUCUGACAGGAGCCGGAGUCUCCAUUCAGGUUCAGCCCAGCAGUCAGCAAACGUCCAAUCACAGCGGCUCUGACGCAUGCAGCCCCGCCCCCUCCACAGCCGGUCUCUCUGWGGUCUCUUCCUCCUCCUCCUCUUCCUCCACGGCGGGUCACAUGAUGUACCCCGGCGGUCCCACGGUGAUGUACGCCACCCCAAGCCCCUCUCUGCUCAACGCCUUCCCCCCCGGCCAUGCCCCGCCCCACGACCCAGGUGCGGUCCAGCAGGUCUUCCUCACAUCUCUUCCUCCGGUUCCUGCUCAGAUCCCGGUUUCUGCUGUGCAGCUGCACCCGAACUCUGCUUGUUUGUCCAGAUGGUGAUCGGCGCACCCGGCGGCGGCCUGGCGGAGCUGCAGGUGGUCAGUCUGGACGUUCACCAGCCCAAGGACAAUUGAAGGUCAUGUGACCUCAUCACCUGUCGCUCCUUGGUGUCACAUGAUGAAGGGACCCUUUCCAUUGGAAAUUAUACAGGACAUUUUCAAAAUAAAAGCCUCGAUAGAGGAAGCUGGCUGGAAAAUGAUGUCAUCAUGAUGUCAUCCUGAUGUCAGGCCGACAGACCUGAAGAUGAGAAAAACUUUAUUUACACGCUGCUGUUUGACGGACAACCAGCAGACUGAGUUCGGACCUGGUUCAGUUCUGAUCCGGUUCUGACUGCUGAGUGAAGAAGAGCAGCUUCACUGAUGAUGCAGCAGAAUGGAUCAGUGCAUGGUUCUGACUACUCUUCUCUGGCCCGGUUCUGACCCAAACAGCUGAUCAGGUCGACAUGAAGACUGUUGUUGUGUUUUUACUGAAACGAAUAAAGUUUUUAUUGCUGCUGGAAACUUA